GGCUCACAACUCGAAUUUAUCCCAUUAACGAGCAAGCCACUGCCCCUUUUUGCCCCAUCGGGUCCACCCCACACGGACAAGCAGAUUCUACCCAGCUCCCAGGAGGGAUGAAAAUCGGUGGCAUCUUGGGGAGCCUCAGGACGGAGGUGCCCAGGGCAGGGGGGUCCUGCUUGGCAUCUUUUGGGCAACAAGUACACGUGGUUCAUGUAAAUCCCUCCCCUGGUAUAACCUGGCUGGUGAUGCUGGGUGAGGAUCAAUCCCUCCACCAGCCCUGCAGAGCAUACCACAGCACUCGGGAUAGCAAACGAGCCGCUCACAGUCACCCAAAUCCAGCUUUUUAAUGAAAAGGGAGAGAGCUCACCCGAGCAGGCAGUAAUUCCCCUGGAUACCCCAAAGUGACCGACCAGUGCCACAGUCCAAGUGUGGAGCCCCCUGCCAUGCUGCACGGUGGUAGCUGCAGCACUGUGGUGCUGCUUCGGGAUUUCCAAUGAAAUACAGGAGAGAGGGGCUGGAAAGGCAACAAUUACUGCGAUGCCUGGGAGUCCCUAAACCUUUCACAGUAUCUUGACCAGGACCUGCUGAAAUUGUUCCCUACCCUUGUUAAUUUAAUUGCCUGAGAGAGGGGAAGAAACCUGGGGCCAGGGGGAUGCCCAUGUCAGAAGGGACGGAGAGAAGAUGGGAGGGGAGCAGGGAUGGGUCGCUGUGCCCUAAUCCAGCACAUGCUGUCCCAGGGAGCGCAGCCAUGGCACAGAAAUCCCCAAUGGCCCAAAUCCCCCCUGCUGCCACACUAUGAUGUCACUGACGGCAUCAGCACCACCAGAAGCUGGUGGCACCGAGGCCCCAUUCCAUUUCCACGUAGGGCCACGUGGGCAGGGAGACCCCAGCCCCACACAGUGUUGCUGAGCCCCCCCCAAAACCCACCAGGACUCAGCACCCCUGUGGCCACAGCACCAUGUUCCUCUUCGCCCAAAAAUACAAGACCCCCGUCAGCACCUACACCGACUCCUACCGCCCACCGUGCACCCUGAAGAAGUCGAUCCACGAGAAGGCCCCGCUGCAGCUAUGGAAAGAAAACAAGUUUGUGACCCAGGGAUUAACGGUGCCCCAGGACCGAAAUCCAGCGAGCCAAGGUCAGCCCGACAAGCUGAUUAAGGCAGUGAUGCAGGAGUACUUGUACAGGAACGCCAUCGACCCCACCGCCUACUGGCCAGAGAAGUACUGGCUGACCAGGCCUGAAGAGAAGUACAACCCAGUUUUUGUCAACGAGGACAAAUACAUCACCUGGAGAGCAGGCCCCUACAACAGCGCAGCCUGGAACAAGUACAGCACCUACCUCCCCCUCCCACCCAAGGAGAAGAGGAUGGAGAACUACCUGCGCAGCAUCCCCGUGCCAUACCCUCCAAAACCUGCCUGCCUCAACCAAUACGAGCGGGAGGUGGUUGCUGACAUGCUGCGCAGGCUGUCGCGGCUCUCGCCGCCGUCCCUGCAGCCUGUAUACACCAUGUCGGGGAGGAGACCCUUCCAGGGCUACUACAGCCCCUGCUCCGGGCGCCACUACUGCCUGCGAGGGAUGGACUACUACGUCGAUGGGGACGCUGCCAUCAGGAGCCAUCUCAACACGCUAGCAGAGAGGACUGUAAGGAGCAUCCCGUGCUGCAAUUACAGCCCCACGGCGACUCUCUGUGCACCUUCACAUCGCCCCCAGCCAUCGUACCCAUAUAUGAGCCCUAGGUGGGACACGAGCCACUUCAAGAGGAUGGGAGGAGUCCAGCGAGGCAGCUACACCAUCCACCCUGAGUUUUGCUCAGAGGUUUACUCUGCCCAGGAGUGCUGA